AUGAGUACCAUUUUCAAAUCUCAUGGAAUCUGGGAUUUAGUUGAAAAUGGACUUGAAAUCUCAAAAUCGAACGGUAAGAAGGUUGAAGAUGAAGGCUCAUCGGAUUCAGAGAAAACUUCUCUGAGUGAUGAGCUAAUGAAAGAUACUAAAGCACUAGGUAUCAUUCAAGGAGCUGUUUCAGAUGAUAUUUAUCCUAGAAUCUCAAAUGAUAAAACCUCAAAUGGUGCUUGGGAUAUUCUGCACCAAGAAUUUCAUAGCAAUAAACAAUUGGUGAAUCAAAUGAAAGGCUUCGGUGAAGAUCUACCCAAUGAGCGAUUGGUUCAGAAAUUGCUCAUAAGCCUGACUAAAGAAUUUGAUCUUGUUUGUUAUGUGAUUGAACAAACUAAGGAUAUUGAAACCAUUGAGGUGCAAAAAGUUAUUACCGCUUUGAGUAUUGAGGGUUCUACUGAUAGAGCAUUUGUUAAUCCCACAUUGCCUAGGGGAAUGGAUCCUGUGUCAAAUAUGAUCAAUGAGGAAAAUUUGAUAUGUCUAAAAGGAAAUGCAAACACCGUGACAAGCUAUACUAUGGUGAGUGCUGGUUUAAAUGGAAGCCAAGGUGCCAUGGAUGCAAUCGAUUUGGUCAUCUUAUCAAAUGACUAUGAUCAACCAAACAAGGUCGAAAAGCUUGCAAACUUCGCAAAUCAGGUAUCAGAAUCUGCAACCAUGUUUUAUGCUCGCCAUUCUGCUACUAUUGGGAGAAAUAUGAACAUAUGGUAUGUAGACAGUGCAUGUAGUAAUCACAUGAUAUCUCAUGAGUCAUUGCUUAUUUAUGUUGAUAAGACUGUGAAGUGUAUACUUAAAAUGGGUAUUAGAGAUUUAGUACAGUUAACAUGCAAUGGUACUCUGGUUAUAGAAAUGAAGGGUGUGACUAGGUAUAUCAAAGAGGUUAUGAUUGUACUUGGAUUAGAUGCAAAUUUAUUGAGUGUAGGGCAUAUGGUAGAACAUGGAUAUUGGCUUGUGUUUGGUGAUUUCAUGGUUAAUAUUUAUGGAGAUAGACAGAUGGAAGAUUUGAUUGCAAGUGUUCCGAUGGAAGGAAACAGAUUUUUCCCUUAA